AUGCUCAACUCAAUAUUGCUAAAUUUUACAGAAAUCGAACUUACAUUCGACGAUCGUAAAGAAAUAUUUUAUCUUGAUAAUAUCAGUCGAACACUUUUAAGUAAUAUAUGUAAUAUUUUAUUGAUCUUCAAGGCUGGUAGUGAAAUAUUAUCUACCGAUGAUUUCCCAACUCUGCAUCUCGUUGUACCUUUUCUUUUAAAAUUUCUUGAAUGUUGUGAAGUACGACUUGAUGAUACAGCUGAAAUAACAGACUUUAAAACUAUUUUGUUAAAUAAACUUGAUGAUAAAAUUUAG